GCCGAAGUCACUAGUGACUGCUAUUGAGCAGCGCCACUUAAGAGGCGGUGCACACUUCGAGUCACAGGAGAUCGGUGCCACAAUACGACAUAUGGCGAAAACCCACAAUUAUCAUCUUGGCGGAACCCAACAACCGGGUACCGUAUCUUUUGUUUGCAACACCGGCAUUUCUCUAGCCUACCUGGAUAUCGUUUGUGCAUUGUUUCGGCACCUUCAAUUUUACCAAAAUCAAGGUUGCUCUGCCUAUCCUUGUAAAGAUACAUGGAUACUAUGUGUCUUUGGCUUGUCGAACGCUUUACCUCUCAACGUUGCCCGACGGACAGGUCUAUCUUCCCCGGCCCCAAGCAGGGUUGGCACGGCCUUACUCCUGAUCUGAUUGGAUACGGAUAUGAUCGCUCAAGCGCAUCUCACAAUGGCCAUAGGUGUACUCGUACCAAGUCCCACCGACAUACACGUGCUGCUCUGAAAAUGAAGUUCUGUCUGUCUGAUGCAAGUGCCUUUC